AUGGAGAAAUUGAGAAGAAUAGUGAAAGAGAUAGCUUACACUGAUAAUGUGAAUGUGAAUGUGUCAAAGCUCUCUCCAUUUCACCGCUCUCUGAUUCCUUUUCUUUCAUUUGCCUCUUCUCUCUACAAACUCACUCGCUCACUUCGCCAUUCCCUUUACCAAUACCGCUUCUUUCAUAUCCACCGUUUGCCAAUUCCAGUUAUCAGUGUUGGGAAUUUGACUUGGGGAGGUAAUGGGAAAACACCAAUGGUUGAGUUCAUUGCUCUCUUCUUUGCUCGUUCCGGAAUUUCACCCCUCCUUCUUUCCAGGGGUUAUGGCGGUGGCGAUGAAGUCAACAUGCUUCGGAGGCAUUUACUUGGGACACCGACUAAGUUUGGUGUUGGAGCUAAUCGAGCUGCUGUUGCAAAUCAUUUCAUCCAGAAAUAUGGCUACAUUGAUACUGGUAAUAGUUCAUGGUAUGAGAAACAAUAUCUUGAUGGGAAGGUCCAAUCUCUUGAUUCAGAAAAAAUUGGGGUUGUAGUUCUUGAUGAUGCAAUGCAGCAUUGGAGCUUGUGGCGUGAUUUGGAUAUUGUAAUGGUUAAUGGAUUAACUCUUUGGGGUAACCUUCAACUAAUGCCACUUGGACCUUUAAGGGAACCUUUGACUGCACUUAAGCGAGCAGAUGUAGUUGUAAUCCAUCAUGCAGACUUGGUUUCUGAGCAUGUUCUCAAGGAUAUUUACUCAAUGGUCCAAGGAAUUAAAGACUCUGUUCCUAUAUUCUUAACAAAAAUGGAUCCAACUUACUUAUUUGAGGUGGGAAUUGUCAAUGCCAAAAUACCAUUGACAGCUCUUCAUGAAGCUACUAUAUUAUGUGUUUCUGCUAUUGGUUCUGCAGAACCUUUUGUGAAGCAGAUUCAGAAGAUGGGAGCACUUUAUGUUGACCAAUUAGAUUUCAAUGAUCAUCACAUAUUCCAUUCCAGGGAUAUUGAUAUGAUCAGAGCCAGACUUAGAGAACUAGAGGGAAAGUUUUGUUCCAAACCAAUUGUUGUGAUAACUGAAAAGGAUUAUGAUAGGGAUCCAGAGAUUCUUAAGCAAUUAUAUCCAUUUAGAGUUUUUGUUCUCUGUUCUACAUUGAAGGUUCUGCCCUAUAGAGGAAACACUGAGGAUAGCUUUAAGAAAUUUCUCAAGGUGCACUUGAAACUAGAAUUGCCUGCAGCAAAUUAAUCUUAGCUGCUUGUAAUCUCUACCUUGCUAGCAUGUAGUUAACGUACCAAAUAUUGUUUC